ACAUGGACCAACUCAAGGCUGUGUUCGACGCACUAAAGCUACACAACACAAGAAAAAGCUAGCUAGCAAAAGCAGCAGCUCGUUGCGCACUCGAGUGGGGCUGCCGACACCUGACACAAGACACACACAUUACACACACACGGGGGCUGUGGGCCCUGUGUGUGCCGGCUGCCAGCCAGUGGAUUGCAUUGCGUACGUGUGUUCGGGGCAGAGUUUGUCUUCGGUCGGCAUCGGGGCCAUCCACUUCUCAAAACACUCCUGACACACAACCUGACACACACACAGACGACACGCAGAAACGUAUUGCUCUUUCUCUCUGUCCCAUGCAACCGUGUAAGCCUUCUGACUCACUUUAUGUCCGCAGGGCAGCAGGAUGAUGUCUGGCGGCUUCUCUAAGCACAGCUGGCACUUGCUCUCUCCCAGCCAAACACCGCCACCCACACCACUGCUGCCACUGGACGAUGGCGCAGCACAUGGGCCAUUUGCCUGUGCCGAGCUGCUGCUGCUACUAGCACUGGCAGCUGCUGCUGCUGGUGGUGGUAACGCGCUGGCGUCAUCCACGGUGAGAGAGAAGGGCAUGCAGGGGACGGUGGCGUGGAAGGGGACAGCUGCUGCUGCAGACGAGGAUGGUGCGGAUGGUUGGCUGGGCUGCUGCAGCUGGAUCUGUCGCUCGAUGGCGGCCUGGUGCACUAGGGCGAGGUCGUCGAGCAAGCGACGCACCGACGGCAAAUCGAGAGACGACACGCCUUCAGCACUGAGACGACUGCACCACACACAGCAGCAGACAUGUCCACAGCUGCUUCCGGGGUGUGUGUGUGGUGACCUGUGUGGUGGCUGUGCCGAUGACAGCUGCUGCUUGAGCACUAGGUUCUCCCGUCUCAGCGGCGCCUCCGCCUCGCGCAGCCGACGCAGCUCGCCGUCUCUCUCCUGAUCUACACGCGCUGACCUGCACACACACAUCAACACACACAUGUCAUAAGAUCAGCAGCAUCUGUCGGAGGAUGGCCUCCUUCUCUCUGUCUGCUUGGCUGGCUGGCUGACCUGAUUCGUUCUUCCCUCAGUCGUUGCCUCAGCUGAUCCCUCUCGCGCGUCACGUCGGCCAGGGCCCUCUCAACCGCCACACGCAUCUCUGUCUGCUGCUCGAUGGCCGUCCGGUGCUGCGCCCUCAGUUCCAAAAUGGCCGACCGGUGCUCGCCACGCAGUCGGUCCAGCUCCUCUCUGUGCUGCUUGGUGAUGGUGUCCAUGUGUGUCUUGGCGGCCUUGUCGGCCUCCUCCCGCACCAACUGGCUCACUCGACGCACACGGUCGUCGGCACUGCACACACAGACACCAGACAGACAGACAGACAGACAGGGGGGGGUUCUUCAUUGUGUGUGUGUGGCGAGUUGGGUUUACGUCUUUUGUGUCUGUUUGAUUUGUUUGUCUUUGUCUUUGAGGAUGUCCUCGAGAGUGCUGCGCUGCGCGUCGGCGGCCUUCCUCUCCUUCUCAGCCAUCUCCCGCGACGCAGCCAACUCAACGGUCAACCUACACACCGACGCACACAUCCACACAACACACAUAAGAGAUGUCCACGUGUGUAUCCGUGCGUGUGACGUGAUGGACAUGGUGUGACUUGAGCACCCACCCGUUGAUAUCGUCUCUGGCUCGUCUGAUGCUCUCGUUGAACUGGUCCUUCUGCUUUUUGUUGGCGUCAAGCGCCCUCCUGAGCUGCUCCUUCAGCUGCUCAAGCUGCGUCGUACGGGCAUCGUGGGCCUCUCCAGCUGUGCUGCCUGACGGCUUGUGCUGCGCUCGUGUCGGCGAUGAUGACUUGGCGGACCGGCAGGAGUCACCCGUCGGGCUGGCCGAGCGACCCACACUGUGACACACACCGAGAGAGAGAGAGAGAGAGAGAGAGAGAGAGAGGUGCCAUCUCUCUCUAGGUGCAUCUGUCUGUGACUCUCUGACAUGAGUGUGAAGACGGGAAGGAAGCUGUGUUUGUUGGCUGCCAGAAAGGGGUCAAUGGGUGGCCGCCCCGGCGCCUUCUUGAACAUGCCCUCGCGCCGCUCACGCACGGCCGCCUUGUGCGCAUCCGACGUGUCUGCAGAGCGCUCCCACAUGGCCAGCAACUCGGCGUCCGACAGGUCCUCGGCGGCCCCGCUCUCAUCACCACCACCACCAGCGGGACUGCCGGCACUCAGGGGCUCGUUCAGCCAUGAGGCGGAUGGGGCGGCCAGGAGGUCGGAUAUGACGCGAGAGACCGCCGCUUGGAAGCCGUUGGCGGCCACGCGGAUCUCCUAAGUAUCCACACACACACACACAGACAGACAGACAGAGAGAGGUGCCGAUGAGGCCUGCAAGAUUCUUACACUGUUCUCUCUGCUAAAGUCGGCAGCAUUGAGGGAUAUCAGCUUCAAAUCCAAACACAGAGACGGCCAGGUCUCGUACACACCAAACUCUACACGCGACUGCACCACAAACACACAUGAGUGUGUGUGUGUGUGUGUAUGGCUAUCAAUCAGCACACACCUGUAUGUGUGUGAGGUCCGGUGUGCGCGGGAAGCUGUCGUGGAAUGCGGGCAGCGGGCACUUGACGCGAAAAGGGCGUGAGCAGGGCGACGCCAGCAGCCGAUCCACCACCUUGCGCAUCCACCACCUUGCGCAUCAGCUCCCCGUGGGGCACAACCGCACUGCAGCCACAUCAGGUCAGUCAGUGGCAAGGCUGGCACCGUACCCAUGUGUGUGCCUUCACCCACUCACCUCGCCAUGCUGCACGCCGUGUAUUCGUUUCGUCUGGAUGAGUUCCAGAGGUCGAUGAGCUCGCCCAUGGACAGGUCGCCGCGCGUAUCGACGGCAUCCUCGUCGACAUUGAGCACGGUCUUGCUGACCCUAUCAGCGUCUGGACCAAGCAGCUCCUCGUCUACCGGGUCAAUGAGUGGCCGAUGCCGGCGGACUAGGCGGAUGGCGACGGCAGACAGCUCCGUGGCAGCCACGGAAACCUCCUGUGCGACCACGAGAGGAGAGGAGAGGAGAGGAGAGGGGAGGGGGGUGUGGGGCGGACAUCAUGGCGUGUGGUCCGUACCGAGCCCGGCCUGGUGAACCUGCUCGCAUUUCUGGCCAUCUCGAUCACAUAAAUGGCCCACUGGAUCCAGUGGUUGCAGGACUGAUACACACACGUAAGGACACGACAGCACGUGUCCGUCGGGUGGGUCUGGUGCCUCUCUCUUUCUCACCAGCUUCAGGAGCUCAGGGACCACCUUGUUUUCAAGCUCCUGGAUGGAGGAGGGAGACCUCCCACUGCUUGAGCGUGGUAGAUCGAUGAGAUAAGUGACAGCCUCGCUACAGAUCCGGGCGUAGUCCGGGUGGGGACAUGGCACGCGGAAUGGGCGAGAGGAAGGGUGACGCCGCAGUGCGGCAGUGGCGGCCAGCAUGUCAUCCUUCAGCCGCUUCUCAUCUGUUGACAUUGCAGCUGCCGGCGACCUCGGCGUACUGCACACAUGGACAGCAGCAGACGACAUUAUCGUGACGCUCGACUUGCCGCCUGUUGCCCUCCGCUCACCUGUUGGUGUCUGUGGGGCCCCUGGUAGUGGCGGCUCCGAGUUCCUUCUGCAUUAGCUGCUGGCCUUUGCUGAGCUCACUGACGAAGUUCGUGUGCCACUGGGGCAGCCACUCGACACGCACAUGCCGCAGCGGACCCAACGCAAACACCGCCGACGGAUCACUGCACACACACAGAGCACAUGACACCCGUACUACCCAGUGGCUGAGAUGCCCAUUCUGUUGGGUGACCUUUGCAGCGCUGUGCGGUGGUCCAUGAAGAACUUCUUGACGGCCCGCAGGUAGGUCUCCCGCUCCUGGGCCCCAUCGCACUCACUCGACUCGACACAGCCGACACCCUCGCCCUCUCCCUGCCCUCUGUGCUGCUGCAGGAAUGCCCGCACGACGGCCAGCGUCUCACUGGAGGGCUCUUUGUCGCCCUCUCUACCCGACGUGACGGUGGCGAUGUCGGGGAAGGCCUCAUGGAUGGACUCGACUGAAACGGUGGGUGCGGCUGUGAUGGGCGGGGUUGAAGGCUGAGGAGAUCUCUGUUUGGGCUUGGGAGUGGCCGGCUUCGACUUGGGCGGCGACUUGGUCUUGUCCUUGUCGGUGAAGAUGCCACGGAAGAUGCUGCUGGGGACAGCAGGUGGGGAGUGAGAAGCGCUGGGGAAAGCCAUGACCAACGGAGAUGCAUUGGGUUGAGAUGAUUCAUUUGCUUCCUUCCUCUGUGCUCUUUUCCUUACUUUUCGCUCCUGAACCAGUCGAGCACAGAGAGAGAGCCCUGGUCCUGACCCUCUGGGUGUUGCUGUUGCUGCCCAUCGUUCCCUUCUUCAGCAGAGGCCGGCUUGUUGCGCGAAUCGUCACUCGUGGUGCUUGAUCUUGGCUGAUUUUCCAUACCUGGGGUGUCCUUUGAUAGAAGGAAGUGUCUGCCUGCAGAGAUAAUGAGUCGGGGCUUCGUAGCUC